GGGCGUCAGCGGCGGCGCCAUUUUGCGAACGGCGAGCAGCGGCGGCGGCGCGGAGAGUGCUGCGGAGGUUUUGCUGGUUUCGGACCCCAGCGGCCGGAUGGUGAAAUCCUCCCUGCAGCGGAUUCUCAACAGCCACUGCUUCGCCAGAGAGAAGGAAGGGGAUAAACGCAGCGCCACGCUCCACGCCAGCCGCACCAUGCCGCUUCUUAGUCAGUACAGCCGCGGCGGCUGCAGCAGCGAAAGUUCUAGGGUCGCCCUCCAUUGCUGUAGUAACCUGGGUCCGGGGCCUCGGUGGUGCUCCUGAUGUCCCUCACCCACCCCUGAAGAUCCCAGGUGGGCGAGGGAACAGUCAGCGGGAUCACAGUCUUUCAGCUAGCGUCCUCUACUCUGACGAGCGGCUGAAUGUGACAGAGGAGCCAACGUCUAACGACAAGACCAGGGUCCUGAGCAUCCAGUCCACACUCACGGAGACCAAGCAGGUCACCUGGAGGGCAGUGUGGAACGGUGGUGGCCUCUACAUCGAGCUCCCGGCUGGGCCCCUGCCUGAGGGCAGCAAGGACAGUUUCACAGCUCUUCUGGAGUUCGCAGAGGAGCAGCUCCGGGCCGACCAUGUUUUCAUCUGCUUCCCCAAGAACCGUGAGGACAGAGCCACCCUGCUCCGAACCUUCAGCUUUCUUGGCUUUGAGAUUGUGAGACCCGGGCAUCCCCUCGUCCCCAAGAGACCCGAUGCUUGCUUCAUGGUCUACACGCUGGAGAGAGAGGACCCGGGCGAGGAAGACUAGGUGCCAGCCCUGCCCAGUGUCCCUGUGCUCUCUCCCGGGUUUGUCCACAUGUCGUGAUUGUGCAGAAUAAACACUCACUCCACUAGUGGGGUGCUUCUUUGAACUGAAUGCUGUGUUUGUCACACUCAAGUGUUGGCUUUAAUUCUAAAUAAAGGUUUCUAUUUUACUUUUUUUAUUGAUGUUUAAGGUGAUCAGGUGCCCUGUGCUAGAGCAGCCUUCUUUGAAUCCUGGCAGAAAUAGAUAAAAGUGUCACCUCCCUGACUCAAAUCCAAUAAAGUGAUCUCGCUCA